GCCAUGGCUGCCUAUACCAAAAACAUGUCUGAGACGCCCGAGGAGAUAGAGAUGAGGCAUAAGCUGCUUGAGGAAUUCAAAUCUGUCUCUUUUUCACAGGGGUACUGCAAAUGGUUUGAUAUCUUUGAGAAAGGAGUAAAUGAAGAUAUGAGGAGGAAUGUCAAUCAAAAUUCUGAACUUAUACUGUGGGAGAUUUUGAACCUGUCAGAAGUUACUUCUCCGGUUCGUUUAAUGGACUUCGGGGGAGGUAAAGGGGGGCCUAUACAGGCUGUCUGCCGAAAAAUGGAAAGUCUACACAAACAAAUGAUCAUCAGUGUGGUAGAACCAAAAAAGGAAUACCUUGAUCAGUACAAAGUGUCCAUUGACCGUAUAAGCAACGCUUGUCUCGAUAUAACCUAUUGCGGGCAAUUUCAAGAAUACUAUGGGCAAUCUAUAGAUGAUCUGAGAGCCAAAAGAGCUUAUCCACAACAAUUGCAGGACAGAGCGUUAGCUGUACACGUCCUAUACCAUCUGACAAGUAUCUUCCAUGACCCCUAUGAUCCGUAUGAGGAUAUGAAGCAAGCCGUUUUUGCAAUGUAUGCCAUUCUUAAACCAGGAGGGCAGAUGGUUAUCGUAAUGUGUAAUCAUGCUGAUAAUCUAAUUGGAAUUGCGCCUUUGAAGUGUUGUGAGAUUCUCUCUCCAGAAAAGGUGGACAAUUACAAGGAGAUAUAUCAGGUUUGGCAAAAGCUUUUGUUUAGUGGUGCUAUUGCGGAUGUGAUAAAUGCGUCGUUCCCGAUAUUUAAGGCUACUUUCCAGCAGAAAAAAGUAGUCCACCACGUUGUUUUGCCGACUCUGGCAGAGGUUGGAGCCCUUGCAAGUGGAACCUCUUUUCUCGGCUUAUGUGCAGACCAAUCCCCGUUUGAUCAACGUGUUGUCCAGUUCUGUAUGGAUUACGUGAAGAGUGACGGAUACAAGCAUGGUUUAUACCUUGACAGAAUGGACUUUGAUAACAAUAUUACUUAUAACUGUGCACGGCAACAGUGCUGUGUGACAACAAAGGGACAUGGGUAUCAAAAUUUCAACAUGGCGGCGGACUUGUGA